UACGCUGUAGGGGACGGCCGCCAUUUCCUUCGUUUGUGCUUUCGCGGGCUUUUCAACAACUUCCUCUUCGAGAACUGCGUACCUGGCUUCGCGCUCGGUAGAGGUUCUACGCGACUGGAGAUCCCGUGUCCGACUUGCGGCCGUGGACGAGCUCCUUGUCUGAAGAUUACGUGACCAAGCUGCUCGUUUCGAUUCCCAAGAAAUGUUGAUGAGCUAUGCCAUUGUGGAGUUCACUGCCUCUAAAGAGGUUGAAAUUGUGCCAACUACUUGGGUCACCGGGAGCAUGUGUGUCUGGCCGCAUAAUGUAAAAGUGGAGAAGGCUGGGAAAAUGGCACGGAAACAGCAUCCACCACAGUCAUGGUGGAAGCAGUAUGAAAUUGCUGUGAAAGGUUUGUUUGGUAAGCGCAUUUCAGUCACCUUAAGUCUUAAGCCAGGGGUGAUUAUAUUGAUCACAUUUUGCACUUUUUCAGUUACCUAUGAACAUGCCCGGAAAAAGCUAAAUGACAGUCAGUUCCAUUCAGACCUGGCCAGUGAAACUGAAAUGCCCCCAUUGAAGAGGCGUAGACGGCCACCAGCAGCCUGGAGCAACUCUGACAGUGAAGAGGAGGAGGGAGAAACUGCCACAAGCCAGCCAAGACUGCCAGCCAUUCCAAAUAAUUUUCCGUCUGGAAAAACCUCGAGUGAAGCAACAAGUCUGCCCACAUUUGGCCAAGGAGACAAAGGCACACCAGGGACCCAGUUGUCGGAGACAAACUCACCACAAGGCAUGUCUGAUAACCACUCUGUUGAUGCAGGUGAACAGAUAGAACAAGAACGGCCACAAAACACACCUCAUCAUUGUUGUGUAGAGAAGAACUUCCAGCGGCAUGUACUACGACUGCUGAACACGCUUCGCUUCAUGCUAGAACAACAAGCAGACACCCUGAACAAGUUGUGCGAUAUGCUACCUACUUCUUCAGUCACAGAGUGCGCAGAUCUCUUAAGCCAUCCACUAAGCAGUCUUGAAGAACUACAAGAGUUUGACGACAAGCUCGAUGCUGGAAAAUUUAAGAUCCUGGUUCAUGAGUUGACCCAGCUCGGUGGGAAAGAUGCCUACUGGGCAACAAAAAGAAUCUUGUCAUACUGCAUCGCGGACGAGGUUGCGGCACAAUUUUCCUGGAUGGGUCGAAAAGGAAAACUGAGCUUCUCCGCCUUAAAGACUGCUAAAGCCAUAACAGAUGCUGCUCGCAAAGCGCCAAAUGCAACUGCUGCUGACGUUGAGGCCUCUGUCAAAUCAUGGCUCCGGCAUGCUCCCGAGCGCCUUGCCACCAAGUUUCAGAAGUCAAAGCAAAGACAACUUGAGCAGGCAGCAGAUACUGACUGAAACUGUCACCACGGCAGAGGUCCAAGGCUUCCAGCUUCUGACUCCUUGGUCAUUGUGUGGAUAUUGAUGGCAGCAGAUGGCCAAUGGCAAAGACAAGGACCAUGCACUGUUGGCAACCAGCUGAACCACAACUCAUGGUGGUAUUUCUCAACCCAUGUGACACCUCCACACUUCAGUAUAAUACCAUUCCUUUAAAAAAUGUGAAGGGUGCUGUCACAAUUCGUGUUUUGCAAAUAGCAUCCACUUUAGGCAUUUGAGGUUAUGGGCAACAUAGUGUUUCUUUUUAUUUGAUGAAUAAUUUUUUUAAAGAUACAGUUGAACUAAAGGACAUUGCAAGUUUGACUUUUGACUUGUGUCCACAGUAUAAUGUAUGUGUGUUAUCCACUGUUAUUGUGAUCUUCAAAGUCAUGUGCAGUUUCUGUUGCAUUGUUACCAAGUGCUUUGGAGACUGUUGCCGUCAUACGAGAUAGGUGAAAAUGUCUAGUCAGCUGUAAAAGCUGUACAGGUCUAGUUUCCACGUAUUGCCCACUCCUCUGGAACACACGGUAACUCUCCUUCCAUUGCUGCUUUCGGUACCUGCCUUCAGGCAGCAACACAAGCUUAUGCUAGUGCCACUUUGGAAGCAGCUUGCAUUCCUGGAAACGAAGGCAACUUUACAUUGUUUACUUUAAGGCCAGUUAAGUAACUGCCAUGUAUUAAAUUGAAUGAUCCAGACCAUAAAAUGCUCUUUUCGCCUAAUUUGAGCAAGGAUGGGGAACCAAUAAGUGCACAUUUAUAAAUAGGAAUUUAGGCUAAAUAUUGUUGCUCUUGCAUGUAUGUUUACCAUUUGUAACAGCUUCUAGCACUUUGAGGCAGUAUCUGUGUUAUAAGUUUUGCUACCAAACUCUUGAAUGCAGAGUUCUGUAUUUCUAAGCAAGUAACUUCAUACUCGAGGUCACUUUUUUUUUAAGCUCCUGACAGAACUUUGUUCUGCAGUUGUGCACAUAGUGAAGUUCGUGGUUUUUUGUUUGCACUGUUGGCUGGAUUUAAUGUUCAGAUAUUGUGAAAAUAGUUCUAUAAGUUAAAUUCUCGUGCUGCAGCUGUAUUGUAAUAUGCUAAUAAAGCCCUCAACUGCUUUGCAGAGCUUAGGAUACUAGUCACUCCCUAAGUGCUAUUAGUGGCUGUAUUGUGAUAACUAAAGCACUUUACUGAUAGUAAGCUCAACAGCUCUUACAUGACUUGUUCUCUCUUGCAAAUGAUGUUGUGAUACAUUUUUAUUCUUAGCAAUAGUAAUGUUAAAUUUCCUUAUUCAACUUCUCUUACUAUAUAAUGCAGUAUUUCCCAUCGUGAGUGGCAGUGGCUGCAUUCUUUUUUUUUUUUGAGGUAGUGUGUAGUUCCCUUUAUUGGUUAUGCUGAAACAAGGUGGCCUGUGUGCAAUUAUGUAUAUGUUUAAUGCAAUCUAGUCAGAAUCUGUAAGCUAAUGCUGUGCAUGGUCCACAUGUCCCAGCUAUGCUUGGUUUUCUUGGUGUUUCUUAAUUUAAUGUCAUAAAACUGAACUUUUAGAUGUUUUAUGCCCUCACUUUGUAGUAGGGUUGACGCAGUAGAGCCUCUUGUCUUUGUGUUGAAAUUUCAUGUCUUUAAAUGUUUUUAGAUGUAUGUCUCAUGCGCUCAUCUUUUAGUUACUUUAGAGGUUUAUUUGCAUAUGUCGAAGCCAUGUCCAUUUGUACGGAUAUUCUUGUGCUUGGCGAGAAUAAGGGCUGUGAUUGAUGGCAUUAUGUUUCUGUGAAUGAAAGUGCCCUUAUGUAUUGUUUCUGGUGGCAAGAGACAAGUCUCUCAUCAUAUUGUGCUUUGGAGUAUAUAUAUUUAGUGAAAUCUAGUCAGAAUCUGCAAGCUAAUGGUGGGCUUGGUCCACAUGUCCCAGCUAUGCUUGUUUUUCUUGGUGGUUUUUAAUUUGACAUCAUAAAACUGAACUUUUAGAUAUGUUUUAUGCAUUCACUUUGUAACUGGGUUGAUGCAACAGAGCUCGUUGUGUUUAUGUUUGAAUUUAAUGUCUUUAAAUGUUUUUAGAUGUGUCUCAUGCACUCAUCUUUUAAUAAAGUUGCUUUAGAGGUUUAUUUGCAUAUAUAGAAGCUAUUGAACGUUAACCAUGUCCAUUUGUACGGAUAUUGUGCUUGACGAGAAUAACGGCUGUGACAGAUUCACGGCGUUAUGUUUCUGUGAAUGAAAGGGCCCAUAUUUAUUGUUUCUGGUGGCAAGAGACAAGUCUCAUCAUAUCGUGCUUUGCAGUUGUAUACUUUUAGUGCUUGGUGUUGUAUUUGUGUUAGGUUUACUAAAUAGUUUCCUAGAAAAUGUGUAAAGAUUUGAGUUGAUCUGCUGAUCACCCCCAACAUUUCUAGAUUUCUUCUGAUGCACUAGAGCUGGUGUCUCUACAUCCACUUGCAGGCUAUUUGUCUUAAGCAUUGGAGAUAGGCUUUGCAGUGCUUGUUCUCUGGAUGCAGAAGCUCUUCUACUGUGAUAACACAAGACCAAAGCCCACUGUUUUUUGCUUGUUUUUGUUUUACUGUGAAUAAAAGUGAAAGGUGUAA